AAACACCCCUGCCGCCCUCGCGUGUUCGCCGGGCACUACAGUGAGAGGUCUCCUGUUUAGGGUGACCUUUUGCAGAUCGGGUCUGGAUGAUGGCGUGGUUGAGUAUCCUGCCUUGGCUGCAUCUGGAAGCCCUCACGAUCCACCAACGAUCUUCACCGGCCAAUGAUGUGGUUCGCUCUCGCACGGCGUUUCACGCCACGCAGACAUUUGCGUGCGCGCAAAUGCCAUUCACUUGGCAACGGUCAGACAGCCACGGUUCGUGGAGGCACCGUGUAGGUUCCUCUAUAUAUGUGGCCACAGAAUGCCACCCUCCACGAACUUACGCCUCGCACGAACAAAGUGUAACAACCAAGCCACCACAACCACAAUCCAUAUCAGUCCGCCAUCGACACAUCCUACACCAACAACUUGACAGACAGCUUAUGGACCAUCUCUGCCCUCGUGCAACAUCGCCGCUCCUACCUUGCCUAUCAUGUCUCUCCCAAGCGACUAUAUCACCGACAACGAUGACACCUGGAGGCAACGAGCCCAGUGUCCGCCGUCCAAACCUCUCCAAGCUCCCUUCAAGCUCCGCAACGCGAUCGACUAUGACCUCGUCAGCGAGAAAUCAGCGUCACAGACAAGCAUCAACAGCUACCCACACUAUCUACGAAGAUCCGUCCACGACCACCGAAGUGACAGAGCUACUGGCUUCGUACAGCCCUUACCGAGCCCACCGCCACCAGCCUACCGUCCUGCAUCAGAGGAAGGAUUCGGCGACGGUCCCUGCACGCCUCCUCUCGACAAAGGCUUUAACACGGUGGCGUCCAGGGCGCCGCUGAGACCCACCCUGCCAGAAUCCAAGUUAUCGUACUACUCCAUCUGCAGUACCACAUCAAGCGAGCCUGACGAGAAGUCGAAAGCCCUUGAUGCACUGGACAACCGUCAGCGGAAGGUGCGGAAGAAGGCGAGCGCUGUAGUGUUAUCUUUCAUUUGUCCGUGUGUUCAAGCGAGGCGCUGAGAAAUUUGGGAUGGCGAAGCGGAUGGGUCAUAUGUAUAUUGGAU